GGCAGACACGACGACUUGUACGGUGCACUGUACGCUAUGAUCGAGACGGUCACUUCGACACUUCCAUGGAAGGGAAAACCGAAAAAAGAGACUGCGGGGCUGAAGGAGAAGACAACUGAUGCUCAGUUGUGCAAGAAUUGCCCCAAAUCGUUUGUGGAGAUUGCUGGGACACUUCGAAAAAUGACCUAUAAGGACACACCACCGUAUACCACUUUUAUGGAAAAAUUGAAGGCAGAUUUGCCGAAGGGAGUGAAGAUGACGGAUCCAUUCGAGUGGAAUCUGAAUCGUGGCACCUUGGAGGACAACAACAAUGGAAACAAGUCGGAUCGUGAGGAUGCGGAACGUGGCGGUGGAGCUGACACAGUCAACGAAGUCGACGAAUCGGUGAUCACUGAAGAUCGUGGAGACACGACGUCUUCUUCGAAGAAUGCCGAAGAUUAUGCUCCAGAAGACACGCUGGAUAAUAUUUAG